AUGUUAUCAAAAAUUAAAGAACCUGGCCCUGGUUUUGAAUACUUCCUGAAUACUCCCUGUCAAUCUUGGGAUGCACUCAAAUAUCAUGAAGCGUGGAAAAAUAGCAAUUUAGGAUUGGAUAAAUCACUUGUAACAAGAAGAUUUAAAACACAAUUGUUGAAGAUAAAAAAACAAGGCACAGAAAAGGAAAAGGAGAAUGCCAUACGCCUUGAAAAUCAAUUUAAG